GGCUCUGGUAACUCCCCCGGGGUCCUGGGCUCUGCAGACCCGCUCUCAGCCCCUCCCCCAGGACUCGCCUAACGGCAGCCUUGCUCAUCCGGGAGGUGGUCCGGCUCUAGCUCAUCCGGGAGGUGGUCCGGCUCUAGCUCAUCCGGGAGGUGGUCCGCUCGGUGAGGACACCAUGGGGUGCAGGUGCCCCGAGGACCUCUCCCAGGUGCGGGACGGCAGGACACUUCCUGUCUGCGUGGGAACCGCCUCUGCACGGGGGACCGUGUGCCUUGUUCUGGAGUUUCUCUGUGGUGCUCCUCGCUGGGGACAACCCUCAUGCCCAAAGAGCACAUUCUGGGGGGGGCGGGGGGGGUGUUCUUUCCUCCUUCUGUCUGAAGCUCAGGGAGUCAUUUUCCUUGGAGGCAAAAUGAUGAGUCCCUGGGAGAUGCCAGGGUUCACCGGAGCCCCCUGUCCAGGGCCACGGGACGGGGCUGGGCUCCUGUCACCGCUUCAGCUGGGUUUGAGGAGGCCCCUGGGGCGGCAGCUGGGAGAGGCCAGGUCCCGGCCUCUGUUCUCCUAACAAGGAUGCAGGCGCUGUGUGUCCCCAUCCAGGCUGCCCACACGCCCCAGUGAGGUUCGCCAACACACACUUACAGAAUCUUGAGGAUGGGGUUACACAAUUCCUGAUCCGCCUUCAUUCCAGACACCUGCGUGGGUGCCGGGCAGGUGGUGGCCUAUCGUGCUUGGAUGGCACAUCAAGGAAUGGUUCCUGGGGGUGUGUGUGUAUGGCACAGCCCAGCCCCUGACCGCCUGGAUGCCAGCUGCGUGAAUGUCAGCCUCCCGCCCCAGGAGGUCUGGGGUCCCACACUCACUCCUGCAGGGACACAGUUGACACCAAGUGAGAGCUGACAGAGUUCUGGGAUAGGCCACAAGUGAAGAUGGAUGGCAGGGAGCCAGUAGAGUAUGUCAAAGACCCUCUUAUGGACGAGGUAGAGGACCCGUCUUUGUUGUUGCCGAGGCAGAAUGAGGCAGAACCAGCGGUGUUGGCUUUUGCUGUACUAGAGACAUUCUAGAGCAGGAAGAAAUUUUUCCUACACUCUUAGGUUCUGUGACUGAGACCUGCAAACUAAAAUGGUGAAAGACGGGAGUGCCUAGCUGGCUCCGUGGGUGGAGCAUGCCCCUCUUGAAUUUAGGGUUGAGAGUUCGAGCCCCGUGUUGGGCAUAGAGCUUGUCCAAAAAGUAAAAUAAAAUAAAAUACAAAAUAAAAUGACAAAAGACAGAUGGGCAGGAGAAAAGGUUGAUUCUGUACAUGUACAGAGGCCUUCACGGACAAGACGUAGAUUCACGGAGAGAGACUUACGGGCUAACCUGCCAUUUCAACAACGGGUGACACGUUCGGGGGGAGGCGACAAGCCAGAGGAAAAGGGGUCGGCAUCACAGCGACAGUCAAUUAUGAGAAGGCACAUGUUUGGGGGACGCGACGGGGAGAGCUCCGACAGUGGGAGACUGGCCAGAGGAAGGGCCACACGCGCACCAGAAGGAACUCGUCCCUCGCGGACGGUGGCACGGGGUGGACUCUGAUGGGCGGACAGGUGAGCACUUCCGGCAGCUUCCGGAGCCUGCCGUGCACCACAAAUGCGGACUGGAUGUCGGCGCUGUGCCCGGUGCUCUGGGACGUGCCCCUCCACCAGCUGUCCAUCCCAGGUGCUGGGUGUCACGGAGCAGCUGGACGAGGGCGUGCGGUACCUGGACCUGCGGAUCGCACACAUGCGGGACGGCUCGGAGAAGAACCUGCACUUUGUGCACAUGGUGUACACGACGGCGCUGGUGGAGGACACGCUCACGGAGAUCUCCGAGUGGCUGGAGAGCCACCCCCGGGAGGUGGUCAUCCUGGCCUGCAGGGACUUCGAGGGCAUGACGGACGGCCUGCACGAGUACCUGGUCGCCUGCAUCAGGAACAUCUUUGGGGACAUGCUGUGUCCGCGAGGGGUGAGGAGGGCCCCUGGGGCCGGGGUUGGGCCGGGUUGGAAGGGUGGGCUUAUCCGCUGGUUCUGCUGUGCAUGGUUCGGGGAGAAGUCUGCUGCGUCCUGAGGCUCCGGUCCUCGGGAUGCCCCGAGAGGAGAAGGCCCGGCUUGUCCGGUGCAGAGUGCAGCUUGCCAGAGGCCCCUGCGCUGCCCGCGCACAGGAGGGCCACUUCCUUUGCACCUCAGGAGGUGCCGACACUGAACCAGAUGUGGUCACGCGGCCAGCAGGUCAUUCUGUCCUACGAGGAGGACAGCGUUGUGAACCGGCACGCGGAGCUGUGGCCUGGGAUCCCCUACUGGUGGGGCGACCAGGUGAAACCCCAGGAGCUCAUCCGCUACCUGGAGCGCAUGAAGAGCUGCGGCCGCCCGGGUGAGCACGUCCUGUGCACUCACGGGACCCCAGCCUGCAGGCGGGCUGUUCGUGGCGGGCAUCAACCUGACGGAGAACCUGGCGUACGUCCUGGGGCACCCGACCGAGUCCCUCAGGAAGAUGACGCUCCCCAGCCUGCCGUGCCUCCGUGCGUGGGUCCGGGAGCAGAGCCCGGGGCCGGGCGCUCAGUGCACCAACAUCAUCGCCGGCGACUUCAUCGGGGUGGACGCGUUCGUGGGCGACGUCAUAAGACUCAACGAGAAGCUGCUUCGAUGCUGACCCCUUCCGCAGCUCCCGCGGACAGUGGGCGGGCAGCGUGGACCCGGGGCGGGCUCCCUGCCUCCCCCUGACGUCUGGGCGUCCACGGGGGUGGCCCCGGGCUUCCCAGGUCUUUGGCGUUGCCCGGGCGGAUUCACGGAACCCGGUCACGGCCCACGGUGCCGUGUGCUCGCAACGGAGAGGACGGAUGGACGGAACUCGGGGUCUGCUCGAGGUGCAGCCCAGGCGGGGCUGUGGCCGCCGUGGGGCGUCCCUUCCCCUGGGGCCUCGAGGGCAGCAGGAGGACGUCCUCAUGGCUUCCAGCAGCCGCGUGAGGCCUCGUCACACCGUGUCUGUUGGGUAGGACUGAGCGCGCCGGAAUCCCUCUGAGAAAACCACGGAAAUGGGGAGAAGCUCCUUCUCAUUCUCGUGGCAUCACGGCCUGUGUGUCUCCCCGAGGGCCGUGGGCCCUGGGGGCUGGUUUCACGUCGGCUCCCCUGAUGGUAAUGGAAGGCCCGUG